CCGCAGGACAGUGGAUCUCUUCUAUAGUGAGGACAGGAAAUGGCCCAAGAAGUGGACCUGGAGUCCUUCAAGGAGUUGGAACGGGAGGUCAUUCUCCGGGUCCUAUACCGAGAUCAAGCUCUUCAAAACAUCGAGGAGGAAAGGGUCCGGAAACUGAAAACACACCUGCAGCAUCUCCGGUGGAAAGGGGCAAAGAGCUCCAGCCAGGAAUACAAGGAAAAGAGCUGUGCACGUUGCCAGGGGGCUCUGGGCUUCCUGCUGAACCGCGGAGCCGUGUGCCAGGGCUGCAGCCACCGCGUGUGUUCAGAGUGCCGUAUAUUCCUGAGGAAGACUCGCGUAUGGAAGUGCACCGUGUGCUAUGAAGACAGAAACGUGAAAAUCAAAACUGGGGAAUGGUUCUUUGAAGAACGAGCCAGGAAAUUUCCAACUGCAGGCAAACUCGAGACUGCUGGGGCGAAGCUUCUGCAAUCUUAUCAGCGGCUGAGCAAAAUCUCUGUGGUCCCUCCAACGCCACCGCCUCUCAGUGAGAGCCAGUGCAGCGGCAGUCCCGGCAGGUUACAGGAACUUGGUCACUUUCGAGGAUUUAAUAAGUCCGUGGAAAACUUGUUUCUGUCAGUCACCACCCAGAUGAAAAAGCUCUCCAAGUCCCAGAAUGACAUGACCUCUGAGAAACAUCUUCUAGCCAUGGACCCCAGGCAGUGUGUAGGCCACACGGAGAGGCGGAGCCAGUCAGACACCGCUGUCCAUGUCACCACCAGGAAGGCCAGCACACCCGAUAUCCUGAAAGCCUUCCGCCGAGAAGAUCCCAAACAUCCUCCCAGCCCUGUUUUGAAGCAAGACACUCUCCCGUCCAGUCCAACACGCAGCACUGUCUUCUCUGGAGGCUCGAGACACGGCAGCUUAAUUAGCAUUAACAGCACCUGCACGGAGAUGGGUAAUUUUGACAAUGCUAAUGUCACCGGAGAAAUAGAAUUUGCCGUUCGCUACUGCUUUGAAAGCUGUUCCUUAGAAGUGUACAUCAAGACCUGUAAGAACCUCGCCUAUGGAGAAGAAAAGAAGAGGAAGUGCAAUCCGUAUGUCAAGACCUACCUGUUGCCUGACAGGUCCUCCCAGGGAAAACGCAAGACACAAGUCCAAAAGAACACCCUGGACCCGGCUUUCGAGGAAACCUUGCAGUAUCAGGUGGACCCUGCCCAGCUGGUGACCCGGAGGCUACAGGUCUCUGUGUGGCACCUAGGUACCCUUGCCCGGAGGGUGUUCCUCGGAGAAGUGAUCCUUCCUCUGGCCACGUGGAACUUUGAGGACAGUGCGACACAGAAUGCCAGAUGGUAUCCACUACGGGCCAAGGCUGAGAAAUAUGAAGACACUAUUCCUCAGAACAAUGGAGAACUCGCUGUCCGAGCCAAACUGGUCCUUCCUGUAGAGCCAAGAACGCUCCAGGAGGCCCGAGAAGGAACAGGCCAGCUGGCGCUUAAUGGUCAACUCUGUUUGGUCGUGCUGGGAGCCAAGAAUUUACCUGUGAGGUCGGAUGGCACCUUAAACUCCUUUGUUAAGGGCUGUCUCACCCUGCCAGACCAACAAAAACUGCGUGUGAAGUCCCCAGUCCUGAAGAAGCAGGCUUGUCCCCAGUGGAAACACUCCUUCGUGUUCAGUGGUGUGAGCAGCUCCCAGCUGCAGCACUCGAGCUUGGAGCUGACUGUGUGGGACCAGGCCAUCUUUGGUAUGAACGACCGCCUGCUAGGGGGAGCCAGGCUUGGUUCAAAGGGAGGUGCUGCGGGUUGCAUCGACUCCUGCUCACAGUCCAAGCUCCAGUGGCAGAAAGUCCUGUCCAGCCCCAACUUGUGGACGGACAUGACCCUCACCCUGCACUGAGGGGGAGCCUGAGGCGAGUGCCUACCUGCAAAGGUCGACGUAGCAGGAUCAGACCCACCGGAUCACCAGUAACGGA